AGGGCAUGCCAGCCGCCUGCCCCGAUGUUUCACUGGAGCAAGUGGAAGAAGAGGAUGGGAGCGAGCGCCUCCUCCUCCAAGAGACCCGUGUUCGACGAGCGGGAGGACGUGAACUUUGACCACUUCCAGAUUCUGCGGGCGAUUGGGAAGGGGAGCUUUGGCAAGGUGUGCAUCGUGCAGAAGAGGGACACGGAGAAGAUGUACGCCAUGAAGUACAUGAACAAGCAGCAGUGCAUCGAGAGGGACGAGGUGCGCAACGUCUUCCGGGAGCUGGAGAUCCUGCAGGAGAUCGAGCACGUCUUCCUGGUGAACCUGUGGUAUUCCUUCCAGGAUGAGGAGGACAUGUUCAUGGUGGUGGACCUGCUCCUGGGGGGGGACCUGCGCUACCACCUGCAGCAGAACGUGCAGUUCACCGAGGAAACGGUGAAACUGUACAUCUGUGAGAUGGCCCUGGCCCUGGACUACCUGCGGAGCCAGCACAUCAUCCACAGAGAUGUAAAACCAGACAACAUCCUCCUGGAUGAGCAAGGUCAUGCCCAUUUAACAGAUUUUAAUAUUGCAACAAUCAUUAGGGACGGUGAAAGAGCGACAGCAUUGGCUGGGACCAAGCCAUACAUGGCCCCGGAGAUCUUCCACUCCUUCCUGAGCGGCGGCACGGGCUAUUCCUUCGAGGUGGACUGGUGGUCCCUGGGCAUCAUGGCCUACGAGCUGCUGCGGGGCUGGAGGCCCUACGACAUCCACUCCAACAACCCCGUGGAGUCCCUGGUGCAGCUCUUCAGCACCGUCAGCGUGCAGUACUCCUCAGGCUGGUCCAGGGACAUGGUCGGGCUGCUGAGGAAGCUGCUGACAGUGAACCCCGAGCACCGCUUCUCGAGCCUGGAGCACAUGCAGGGCUCGGCUCACCUGGCGGGCGUGGCGUGGGGCGCCGUGGGCGAGAAGCGCGUGGAGCCGGGCUUCGUGCCCAACAAGGGCCGCCUGCACUGCGACCCCACCUUCGAGCUGGAGGAGAUGAUCCUGGAGUCCAGGCCCCUGCACAAGAAGAAGAAGAGGCUGGCCAAGAACAAGUCGAGGGAUAACAGCAAGGACAGCUCCCAGUCUGAAAAUGACUAUCUCCAGGAAUGCCUCGAAGCUAUCCAGCAGGACUUUGUCAUCUUCAACAGAGAGAAGCUGAAGAGGAGCCAGGAGCAGCCCAGCGAGUCCGUGUCCACCUCCGAGACCCCCGAGGAGGCAGAGGCUGAGCCCCUGCACAUGUGCAGCUCUGUGUGCUCCUCGGGCAGCAGCUAGGCCAGGGACAGCCCCUCACCUGCCCCAGGUGUGCUGGGCACUGAGCCUGCCCUCACCUGCCCCAGGUGUGCUGAGCACUGAGCCUGCCCUGGACAGCACCGGCAGCUCCCCUGAGAGCUGGAGCCAGCCUGGGUUCCUCAGGAUGCCCUCCAGCCAUGGAUUGCCAGCCCAGCUCCUUCUGAGAGCUGGAAGAGGCCAGAGCUCCCCAGGACUGUCCCUGAGAGCUGGAAGAGGCCAGAGCUCCCCAGGACUGCUCUCCAGCCACGGAUCUCCAGCCCAGCACCGUGGCUGCCUGCUGGGGGAACACAGGACCUAUGCAACUUGUCAGGGGGGGACUGAUUUAAUCUUUGUUUUCAUGUCAGAUGGCCGAUCUACACGUUUUUAAUGCAGUGAGAGGACGGGGAGAGAAGCUGUGUCCUUGGGAGGAGGAGGAGCAGGGGGACAUGGGGCAGGGAGGAAGGGCAGGGAGGGGGUGUGAGCUUGGCUUUGGCACUCCCUGUUCGGAUGCUGCUCUGGGCACAGGCCAUGGGCAGCCUGGCACAGCCUGGCACAGUCCCUGUGCAGAGCAGAGCAGCCCCAGGUUCAGCUCCUGCAGCACAAGGAUGCCCCAGGCACCUCCUGUCCCUGUGUCGCCUGUCAGGUCCUUCCCCCAUUCAAGGCAAACAAAUGUUUUUUGUGCACUCCAUGGAUUCUUCAGGGGCUGGGUUAUGCUCAAUGUGUAUUUGAGCUGCAGAAUGCAUUUAAAUAUUCUCCUCCUGGACGUGGCUGCUGCAGGCAGUGAGGAGCUGUGGGAUGGUUGGGGUCUGGCUCCAUGUCCCAGCUUUGGAGGACACAGUUUGUCACAGGCUGAGGUUUUGUUGGAGGCAGAGUGGGUGACGUGUGGAUGAAAGGCAGGAAUAUUGUAUUUCACCCUUAGACUUCCUUUAUUUUCAGUGUAAAGUACAAGUACUGUAUAUAAUCUGCUAAUACCUGUCUUAACUUAAUAAGACAGGACAUCUCCCUGGCUCCAGCUGAGGGUGUUGCUGUUCCUGCUGCAGGGCCCUUCACCAUAGGAGCUGUUUAAGCUGCUGCAGUGGCUUUUGGUCACUGUGGCUGAGCCCUGUAGUGCCCCAGGACUGCUCUGGUGGCCCCACAGUCACCACCCACCCAGCAGUGUCUGCCUCCUUCCUGGGCACUCCUGAUGCAGAAAUGGGUGGGAGAUGUUUUGAACAGAUCAGGCUCUGCCAGGAGCAGUUUCGUUGUGGUUUUUGUUUCCAGGAAUAAACCAGGAAGGCAGAGGGGUACGAAAUGAUCUUGCAGAGCCAGGACUCAGCAGGUGUGUCUCCCCCAGUUUUAUGUGGGGAGCAGCGUGUGGCUGAAGCUGUGCAGGGAUGUUUCAUGGAAGGGUGGGCAGGAGGGGGUGGCCAGAGCUCUGCUCCAGUUCUGUGUUUGUUCUCAGGGCAGAGCCAGGGGAUGCUGCCAGGCCCUGGCCCUGGUGUCACCCGUGGCCCUGCACACCCUGUGCUCGUUAGCAGCUGCCUUAAUGACAGCUCAGGGGCUGUGGCCAUCAGUCAGGGGCUGCAAUCAGUGUGUCCUCCUGCUCCUGCUCUGACCCAGGCUGUGCUGGGGGAACCUGCCCCUCUGCCCCCAGUAGCUCCCAGUGUCUUACUGGGUACCAGGGAGCCCUAAUUGCCUUGUCACCUGCCAGAGCUCACCUGUGUGUGCAGGUGUGCCACUGCCCUGCCCUUGCUCUCAGCCUGGUCCUGUCCCAGGGCUCUGUGCUCCCCUUGUGUCUCCACCCCACAGCUCAGCUGAGCACCAGCUCUGUCCUGGCACAGCAGGUGAGCCUGUAUUUAUUCAGGAGUUAGGAAUUACAGGUGAUUUACUCCACUGGUGUGGGUAGGCUUUUACAGUGAAUUCCCUUGCACUAUUUAGCAACUUCUUGUAAAUGAUGGCAAAAUUUUGGGCUACUGGAAUGACAGAGUGUUACUGAUUUUUUGACCAAACUAUCCCACAGAUGAGUGAUGAAGAUACCUCUCCUGGCCUGAGAGCUUCUGGCUGAACUGGGAUGUGUUGGCAGCCACAGGAUGUGGGUAAUUGAUGUUUUCAUUGCUUUCCUAGGGCAGGAGGCAGGUGUGGCCUGAGGAGGGGUUGGUGUGUGUGGGGAGGAGCUGGCUUGUUCUGAAAUGGGGGUUCCUCAGCCCAAACCCUCUCUGUGCCAGUCAUCUGAUCCCUUGUCAGUCACCUGCUCCCCUCUUCUCCAGGCAUUGUGCAGAACAGCUCAGCAGCACCUGGCAGGAGCCAGGAGAGCUCCUGGGGGUGCCAGGGAAUGGCUCCUUCCCAGGGCAGGUCCAGGCUGCCUGGGCAGCACCCCUGGAAUCCAGCAGGGCAUCCCAGGGCUGUGCUGGGUCACUGCUGGACCUGAAUCCCUGGAGCAGUACCAGGACACAGAGCUGUGGGAUCUCUGCUGAGUGGGGGAGGCACCAUGGACACCACUGAAGUGUUUGGUUUGGUCUGAAAUAAUAUUUGGGCAUAACCUCAGCAGAGCCAGGGUGGCAGAGUCCCAUUGACACCUGUCUGCACUCAGUCCCUGGAGAAGGAGUGGCAUGGAAAGAGCAGCAGGAAAAGGGGCAAGUGAUAGGAAACAGCUCAGUGUUACCCAUUGUCAGAAGCCCUCUGGAGGUUCCAGGGCUCUGGGGCCUCCUGUGCCCCACUCUGGGCCCCUCUUGUGUCCCCAUUGCUGUGUCCCUGUCCCUGCCAGUGCCAGCUGAGCCUGUGCCAGCUGAGCCCAGCUCGCUCCUGUUUGCCCUACACAUCUUUGUGGCUCCUGCCAGGUGUCCAUGUCCAGCUCCCCCAUCCACACAGGAGUCCUGGGGUUUGAUCCUCUCUCUCCUCCCUGUGCCACUCCCUGGCUGCUCCUGUCCCUGGCUGCUGGCACAGGCUGGGGACAAAGCUCUGGGGCUGUGGCAGGGCUGUGGUGCCCUGGCUGCUGCUGCUGGGCAAACCUCACAGUGCCAGAGCCCAGGCCCCCACCCCAGCUGGGAGGUGUCACUGACAGCUACAGCCACACAGGAAUUUUCUGUACAUAAAUAUUUAAAUACCUGUAUUUUUUUGUAUGACAGAUUUAUACAGUGUGUGCCAUUAUCUGCUGUGAAAAGUCUACAGCACCUAUAAAUUAUUCUCCUUUAAUCACUUGCCAUGAGAUUGUUUUUCUUAUCUCUGUUGUGUUACAAAGUUUUGCAAAGUUGCAUAUUUUUAAGUGUUGGCAUAGAAUUCCACAGCCUUCACUGGGAAUUUUGUGCAGAAGACAAAUGGCAGGUCAGGUCCUGAUGUUUCUUCGGUUGCCAAUUCUCUAUUACUCCAGAGCUUGCCAAAAAGAGUCUAAGAGUAAUAAAAUACUAGCAGAAAUACCAGUAAUAUGGACUUGACCCUGGACAGUGCUGAAAUCCUGCUGCCUUGGGAGGGUAUUUUAAAAAAUUAUUUCAGUGCAGAUAUAUGUAAAUAUAUCUUUGUAUUUUAUGUUAAUACAUCCCUGUAAUUUUCUUGCAUGACAAUUUUACCACACCACAGAAUAUUUAAGUUAUGACAAGGUUGUGUUUUUGCAGAUCCUGUCUGAAGGCAUUGCACAUGUGGAGUAAUAAAUGUGUAUUUUUAACAUUGCCAA